CAGAGCUCAGGCUCUGUGGCUGGAGCUCUGGCCACUGGGCCACUGCCCUGCACUCAGCCAGGACAGGCAGACGUCCGCCUCCCUGCUCUGGGACUCCUGGCCGCCUUCCUUGUGGCGAGACAGAAGCUGGUGCUGGGUGGGGCCGGUGGCCUGGGGGGCUGUUCCCCUCCACCUGGCUUUGCUCCUGAACCCGCUCCCCGUGCAGGCCCCCGCGGUGGAGCCCCGUGGUGUAUGUGUGGUAACACCAUGUCUGUGCCCCUGCUCUCCGAUGCUGCCACUGUGUCUGGAGCUGAGCGGGAAACGGCCGCGGUUAUUUUUUUACAUGGACUUGGAGACACGGGGCACAGCUGGGCUGACGCCCUCUCCACCAUCCGGCUCCCGCACGUCAAGUACAUCUGUCCCCAUGCGCCUAGGAUCCCUGUGACCCUCAACAUGAAGAUGGUGAUGCCCUCCUGGUUCGACCUGAUGGGACUGAGUCCAGAUGCCCCAGAGGACGAAGCUGGCAUCAAGAAGGCAGCCGAAAACAUCAAGGCCUUGAUCGAGCAUGAGAUGAAGAAUGGGAUCCCUGCCAACCGGAUCGUCCUGGGAGGCUUUUCACAGGGCGGGGCCCUGUCCCUCUACACGGCCCUCACCUGCCCCCACCCUCUGGCUGGCAUCGUGGCGUUGAGCUGCUGGCUGCCGCUGCACCGGGCCUUCCCCCAGGCAGCCAACGGCAGUGCCAAGGACCUGGCCAUCCUUCAGUGCCACGGCGAGCUGGACCCCAUGGUGCCCGUACGGUUCGGGGCGCUGACGGCCGAGAAGCUCCGGUCUGUCGUCACGCCAGCCAGGGUGCAGUUCAAGACAUACCCGGGGGUCAUGCACAGUUCCUGUCCGCAGGAGAUGGCAGCCGUGAAGGAGUUUCUAGAGAAGCUGCUGCCUCCAGUCUAACCAGAGUUGCUGGCUCCCAGCGCAGUCCCCCAGCUCACAGGGGACCCAGCAAGCAAGUGCGGCACCAUCUGGGACCUGAGCCGGUUGAGCCCCUGUCCCCACCCUUCUGACCCGUCCUCUUCCCACAGGCCUCCGGGGCAGGCGGCUGAGGCCUGGCCGGCCUUCCCUCCUGGCCUCGCCACCUGGCCCUGUCUGGAGGGCCAAACAGGAGGAAGAGCCCAGCCCUGGCCCAUUCACUCAGGACCUCACUCACUAGCCCCGCCUUGGGCCCCCACCUGUGACCUCAGGGUUUGGCCCAUGGGGCCCUCCCAGGCCCCACCCCCCAUGCCCCAGCCCAGAUAAUCGUGGUCUCCUGCCUCCACCCCAGCUGCUCCCCAGGCUGAAUGUGCCCAAGGCCCUGGGCCUGGGCUGCUGUGGGCCGCCCGCCCUGGGUAGGAGUGUCGAGGAGGGGGCCGUCCCUCAGCUGUUCCCCCUCCCUUGGGGGCUGGGCCCUGCCUCCCCUGCAGGCCUGGAGCCUGCAGGGCUGGACUGAGGCUCAAGGUCUCCCCCAGCUGUCUCACCCCCACUUUGUCCCCACUCUAGGGCCAGGGAGGUGGUGGGGAAGGAGCCAUGUCUCGUCUUCUGUCUCCAUGUGGUUUUGAGUGUUUUUCUCGUUGUCCUGGAUUCUGAUGAAAUUAAAGAAAUUGCUUCAACUCCUA